GACAGUUCGCAAAACAAAUCUCGUUCGGCAGACUUUAGCGCCAUCUAGUGGAGUGGAUGGACAGCGCAACUGCAGUUACUCGCUGUGUCUCUGACGAGAAUUAUCAAUCAUUUAUCUCCAGACUUGCAUUAAAUUCUCCACAACAUGUACUCUAAGUUACGAGAGGUUAUGAGGGUUUUAUUAACUUUAAUCCAUCGAGAGCCUCUAUGUAAACGGUCAGGUGGAGGUCUGAUGAUUGCCAUGACAGCGCUGCGUGACCUUCCGGUGACUUUAAGCGUAUCUGCCGCUGGUGCUUGGUGCAACAAAGUGUCCAAAUCUGCUCUGCAGGAUGUUUUGGAAAGUCUUUCCCACCGUGUCCAACCUUCUGAGUGCAUUCAUCAAGAAGAGCUCCUGAGGUUCACUGACAGUUUUGGGUGUUUGUUUUUCACCUAUUCUUUCCAGGUUGGAAAGGCUGAUAGUCAAUCAAUGGAGUCUGAGCAGUCAAUGAUUCAGAUGUUUCUGCAGAGACUCAGUGUGGUUCAUUCUCAGGUCAAGAUAGUUUUUGAGAUUAGGACGGACUCCAAGAUACACCAAUCUUUAUUCAGUGGUGAGACAGGAAGUAAAGUGUCAGUGAUGGAUCACAGCAUUACCUUGGAUGCUGCUUUAUAUGGACAGAGCCCAUUCUCUCUACAUGGUCAUCCGUCCUGUCCCAAAGUGCAUCCAGUAUUGGGAGACACAUUCAGUUGUGUUCUUACCACUGAUGCAAUAAAAGAAGGGCUGUGUGGGGAAAUAAGGAUCGCUACCAUGGCAACACUUGCACCCUGUAUGGAUCAGUACCCCAACUGGCCGACUCGUCUAUCAUGCAUACAAAUUGUAGUGUACAGUCCAUGUGGCAUGCCUCUAAUGCUCCAAACACAGAUGACUUUUCUUCAGAGCUUGGCUACUUCACUGUCCUGGGCUGAUCUUGGUGUUUCUAAAGUCUCCUGUAUGGAUGCACAAACCUUUCAGGGCUCCCUGUGUUCUGAAAUAAAAUUUUCUCUAGAUUUCUGUAACCAGAAUGAGGAAUCGAGAUGUAACGGCGCUCGACAGCACAACUUUGAGCCAGAAUGCAGCGGAGCUGUAGAGCAGAUUCUGACUGUAUUCAUUUUCAUUCAAUACACUGACCCUUUCCACUCCCAACUCUCAGACUUCAUAAGCAGUGAGGAGGUUUUAGAGAGACAUUUGGAUUCAGUACUUUGGCACAAUGGGGAUCAAGUGAGGGCAGCUCUACAGUCUACCUUAAAAAACACACUGAAAGGUUUCCAGAAAAGACAAAAUGACAGGCAGAGGUUGCAGUCCGCCCUAUCCACUGUCUUGAACUCAGUCAACAGUAUAAUUGCCAGUAGCAGCAGUGCACAGUUUCGAAAAACCUGCUAUGAUGGCAUGAGGGUUGAGAACACAUGUGAGUUUCGUGUGUCUGUACAACGAUCUCUUCAAAGUGUCAUGGAUGGCCGUUUUGCUCCCAGGCACAUGUGUAAUAAUGAAAAGCUGGCUGAAGCUGUUAGCUCUGGACAGAGUAACACUCAAGAAGGUUGGGAUGAAGCUUUUGAAAAUCCACCAGAAGUUUCUCCUAAGAGGAUUCACAAUGGUCUUGAAUCUUCAUGCUUAAUGCCUAAGAAAAGACAGCGUUCACAGUUCUCUGAGAAUUCAAAUGCCUUCAGGAACUUAAUUAAUUCAGACGUCUUUGAGGCAUCAGACAUUCAGAGAAGUCCCCUGUCCCCAAUACAGCUUCCUCAGAGUCAGCAGGACAAAAGGACCCAAGACGUGUCUUCAGUCCACUCCCUGAAAUUGACUAAACUGAAAAAUGAACAGGUAGAGAAGGUGUGGCUUCAAGAGCUUGAAAACUUUUCUGAAUGGGACUGAGAAAAAUACAGUUGAGAUCUCAGAUUUUCUUUGGCUCUCUUUUGAUGCAUUUUAUAUACUCGUGCCAAUUUGUUGAAAUAAAGGCAAAAAAUAUUUUACUUUUAUAUAAAUAUGUUUGUUUAUGGCACUUUGUACUUUACUUUUUUAUUGAAAAACAAAUCGAAAAAUAAGUAUUGUCACAUUGAACAAUAAAAUGAAUAAAUUGGUGAGGCAACUGGGUUGCACUAUGAC